GUCAAGGGGAACAGGCAGAGGCACCCUGUACUAGUCACCAUCUGAUGCGUGGCCCACAGACUCCAAAUCCAGUGCGUAACUAAGGAGCCAGGAACCUUCCCUCAGCCCAGGUGCCCAAGAUCUCAGCUGAGACAGGAGAGUCAUGGCCAAAAGAAGGAACUCAAUCUUUGGAAGAACUCUGCCUGGCUCCCAGCCCUCUCGCCCCUGGGUACCUAGAGGUUUAGUCACUGUAGCGUUUCUGCUCUGUUCCACUUUGCUGUGUGACCUCAGAUAAGCUACCCCCCUCUCUGAGCCUCAGUCUUCCAUCCAUAUGAUGAGGGGGUGGUGCUGGGUGAGCACUGAGGUUCCUGCCUGCUCUGGCACCUGCUGUCAGGGAUGCAAGUCUCUGGGAACUUGAUUCCCUCUGAGUGAGCCACCAGGGGCUGAAUAUGGGGACUGGCACUUCUAGGGCAUGGAGUGGCCACAGUGGGCCGAGUCACCAGGCCCCUAGGAGUGCAUCUUGAGUCCAGAGAGCCCUCUCAAAGGGACAUCUACUUCACCUGCCCCAGAGGAAAGGAGAACAGCACCCUCCUUAGGUGGCAGCUCUGAUGGCCCUGAACAGUUUCCCUCCUGAUUGUGUUCCCCUUUGCUUACCAGCUAGCAGGAUAACAGAACCAGUCCUCCCCCAUCCCCAAUCUUUGCAGCCUAAGCAUUUGUUCAAAACCCUUAGGGCCUGGGCAGGGAGGCCUGGCUAGGGGAGGAGCCAAGUGGAAAGCCAUCCUCUGCCUCACCCCUGCUCCCUGUACCCCUCUCUCUCUCUCCAGCCAGUGCCAAUAUCUGCAACGUGGUCCUGAUGCGGUAUGGGGAGCUGGAGGAAGGGAUUGAUGUCCUGGAUGCUGACGGCAACCUCGUGGGCUCCUCCAAGAUCGCAGCCAGACACGCCCUGCUGGAGACGGCACUGACACGAGUGGUCCUGCCCAUGCCCAUCCUGGUGCUUCCCCCCAUCGUCAUGUCCAUGCUGGAGAAGACGGCUCUCCUGCAGGCGCGCCCCCGACUGCUCCUACCUGUGCAAAGCCUUGUGUGCCUGGCAGCCUUCGGCCUGGCCCUGCCACUGGCCAUCAGCCUCUUCCCACAGAUGUCAGAGAUUGAAACCUCCCAAUUAGAGCCUGAGAUUGCCCAGGCCACAAGCAGUCGGACAGUGGUAUACAACAAGGGGCUGUGAGUGGUGGUGGCCGGCUGGCCUGGGGCUGCAGCAUCAUCUAGGCCGGGAGUUGGGGGCAGGGAAGGAGUCUCAUGGGCUGCACCUACAGGAAGGGGCAGGCUGAGCCCUCCGGCCCUGGGCCACCUGGGAGCAGUCAAUGUAGGAAGACUAACCAUUCACAUUUCAACAUAGGGGAGAGGAAUUCUGACACAUUUCCUAUACAAAAGAAUCAAGUGCAUUUCUGGGCCUUAUGUGGAGUUGUCAAAACUCCAUUCAGCACAAUUAUGUGUGAAACUGAAAAACUGUGGCGUGCCCAUGGGAUAGAAUUAGGAUCCUUUUAUACUUUGCUUUCUUUCUUUCUUUCUUUUUUAAUAAGAAUCAAGUCUGAGCCUUGGUUGCAGCUGACCAGAAGUGGCAGGUAGACAGGUGGUGGGAGCCAGAGCAGGCCUGGGCGUUAGUUAGAAAAGAGAAUGCCCAGGCCAGAUGACUCCUUGGUCUGGAGUGGAGAGGGAGGAGAAGUGGUUGUCACACCCAGGACAAAGUGGCCAUGGCUGAGGCCCUCAGGAAUUGACCCAGGGAAUCAAGGAGCACUGGAAGCCUCUGGAAUAUUCCAUGGGCAGUGGGCUGUGAAUGUGGCCAGCCCUCAUAUAUGCCACAGCUGCAGAACUGAGCAAAAUCAAGUGAUCCUGGAUCUGGGGCUACCCUUUGUGGAGCUCUCUCUGAUUCCAGGUUCCUCAGAGGACCCCAGCUGUGGGCACGGAGCCCCAAGAAUGAAUGAUGCUUGGCAGGAGCCAUGAGCCUGAACUGGCCUCUGUCAGAAGAUCUUUUCUCAAGCGCGAGUUGGAGGCCAGGCACUGGGGCUGAGAGGUGGCUGGAGCUGGGCUGACUGCUGUCCAGGAAGUCACCAGCUACCAAAGCUGCCUGAGGAUUUUACCCACCUCCUGAGUACUAGAGGAUCAUGACAAAGCCAGAUCCCUAAGCACCUACCUGAGAUGAGAAUCAAGCCAAGAACAGUGGUCCUCAGCUCUGGCACUAGCAGAGCUGCUCCACUCCCUUCUCUGAGCAUCCUGAAGCAGAAGACUGGAUCAAGGGGUUCCCACCCCUCUUUCAGCUCACCUUUUCCUGUCCAGCUCAGAUGCUGCUCAUCCUAGGCAUAUUCCCAAAAUGGACACUGGACUGGGAGAGGAAGAGGGGAACAGCCAACAGUUGGCCUUAGAAACUGGACCUUAUCCUUCUGUAUGUGACCCCCAAUCCCAAGAGUAUUUGACCUUUGCAAAACACUUUACAGUUCUGGAGGAAGAGGAAGCUGGAGGCCUAGAUCUGAGCAUGGGGCCACACUGCAUGUUGGCGCUCAGCCCUGCAAGCUCAGGGGCCUCUUGCUGCUGGUUUCACCUCUAUCUCAUUUGCAGGCUUGCAGGCUUAAGGAGGAGGAGCUCUUCAGAGGGAAGCAGGGGUGAGCAGGGUGACUCCUCUGAAAAGCCCAAAGGAAGGGGAAGUGCUAGCCUCAAGUGCUCCUUACCUGACCCCCACUAGGAGGGAAGCCCCUGGUUUGAAGCCCUGAGCCUCCCUCCCCUAGUGACUCUACCUUGAAAGAGAUCUCACUGGAGGUGAACAUGUGUGAGUGCAGGAAAUGGUGCAGCAAGGGCGUGAGGCCACAGGUGGCCUUCCAGUGUCUUAGGGCAGGUGUAGCUAUGAUGAGGUGGGUCUUCAUGGGCUUUGAUACUGUGCACCCUCCCAGAAGCUAUGGUGCUUUCACCUCUCAGCCAGCCCCUGGUGCCCAGCAGUGGUUCUGCAGGACAUUCCCCUGAGGAGCAGCCCACCCACUGCUCAUUAGCAAGGGGAGAACACACAGACAAACAUGGAGGACUAAACAGCAGGGGAUAGAGGGACCCCAGGGUUGGAGGAGCAGGUAUUUUUGAGCCAGUCCCACCAUAAUGUGAAUGUGCCAAUGACUGCUGGGCUAUGCUGAUCUCUAGGCCUGUCUAGGAGCUGGGAAUACCUGGGUUCUCUUUUGAAAAGCUCACCCUGCUCCCACUUGUUAUAGGGCCUUGUUCUUUUGCACUUUAUCUUGGGACCAAAACUGCUUCCCCAGCUCUACCCCCUCCAGAGGCCUGGCAGAGAUGGUGCCUUCCUAGCUACCCCUGUGCGGUGGCUGACCUGGUCCAGCCUCACCUCUGCCCACCCCAGUGGUCUCAGCAUGUCAUCAUCUAUCUGCUUUAUCUCUGAUGAUUUCUAUCGUGCUCCCAAAUGCAAUGCCAGGUGUGCUUAGGGGUCUGCUCCCAUGGUGGUGCAGUGGCAAAAGAUCUGUAUAGCUCAGGGUGAUGCUAAGAGAAGGACAGUGAGUCACGCUGCUGUGUCCUGGUCUGCAUAAAGGAAAACUUUGUGCUAAUGUCCACAGCCAGCUCUGCCAAGGCCAGAGGACAGAGAUUUGUGGGGGCAGAUUGGUUUGUGCUUGAGGAGGGGGCCAAGCCUGGACCCAUAGUCAGAGUGAGGCUGGCCAGCUUUGCCAGAAUACAGGGCAUAUAUCCAGCCCUAGUGUCCUUGUCCAACUCUCCUCUGGUCACUUUAAACAUUCCCUUAGGCUUGAGGAUUCUCUUCUCCCAUUUCUAGAAAGCAAUUUGAGAGUACAGGAGCUAAAAUCCCAAGAUGUCAAGAUGGAAGAAGAACCCCUUUUCAUUUCCUGACUGUGAGCUGGCUUGUUUCCUUUUCUGAGCCUCUGGCCUAGGAGAAGGUGGAGUCCUGAGGAGGAGAAGAGUCAGUGGAAGAUCCAAGAUGGUCUUUCAGCCUUGGUGGGUGUGAGUGAGGCCCCAACAUACAUGCCCAGCACAUCCAGGGGACUUUACAGUGUCUUUUUAACCUUCUCAGAAAAUUUCUCAAUCUAUGUGAUUUAUGUAAUACUAAUGAGUUGUGGGCA